CUGAUCAUAUUCGAACCAGGUGGCCAGGCAGCUCGCAUUUAUCGUAUCAAUGGCCGCUCAGACCGGCUUGGCAUUGUUUACUAUCGCUGCUCAAAAUGUGAUGUGAUCUGUCGCAGACGCAAAAAGAUGGGAGCAGAAGAGUCAGAACUUGUUCGUGGAACAGUAAAAGUCGAACAGGGCAAUGUUAUCGAUAAUAUGUAUCCGUCGCAUCACAGGGAAUGCGCGUUGCUUACUCUGGAAAUUGUCAAAGGCUUAGCGGAAGAGCUUGAACACUUCCUGUUUGCCAGGGAAUACGAAAAUAUUGUUUAUGAUUCGGCAACAACGGUUAUUUUUUGCUUGCCCAUUCAAAUCGAUUUUCGUUUUGUUUCUUGCCCUUUUUCAGUAUUGCUUGGCUUUUGA